UUUUCACAACUCGAAAAUCUUCUCAAAGCUUUGUCGACAUGGCCUUGCAGGCUCUCAACUCACCCAACACCGCCGCCCUCGGCUUCGACGACGAGCCUAACAACCUCAACAGCCAUCACCUCGCCGCCUCCAAGCGUAAGCGCUCCAAGCGGCCGCGUUUCGAGGACUCAUCACUUUCCGAGGAGGAGUACAUGGCCUUCUGCCUCUUGCUCCUCGCCCGCGGCACCACCAACGCCGCCGACACCACCGUCGCGCAACUCCCACCGCAUCCCCCGGCCUCUUACAAGUGCGUCGUCUGCAGCAAGGCUUUCGGGUCUUACCAGGCUCUCGGCGGCCACAAGGCUAGCCACCGCAAGUCCGACUCCACCGUCUCCUCCGCCGUCAAGGUUGAAACCCCGGCUGUCACCGCCGUUAGCGGGAGGAGCCACGAGUGCACCAUCUGCCACAAGUGUUUUCCGACCGGGCAGGCCUUGGGAGGACACAAGCGCUGCCACUACGACGGAGGAAGCAGCGCCACCAACAGCGCCGUCACGACGGUUUCCGAAGGCGGUGGUGGGUCUUCGAGCCACAGCCAGAGUCAGAGCCAGCGUGGGUUCGUGCUGGACCUGAACUUGCCUGCUGAGCCGGAAGUGGUGCUACAAGUGUGGACCGGAGUUGACAAGAAGAAGGAUCCUCAAGUCUCCGCCGAGCAGGAGGAGGUGCAGAGUCCGAUGCCGGAGAAGAAGCCGCGUCUGACAUUGGGGCGCGAGUGAAUUUGGACUCUUAUGUAUGUCGUGAAAUUAAUCACAGAAAAAUGUUAUAGUAAUACUAGUAGAAACUGUGUUCUAUGAUCGAUCAAUUGGGGGUGGUGUAUAUAGGAAAUUUAAUUUCAUUGGUUCUCAUUUCGUUCUUGUGG